CUCGCGUGUUAGCUUAGUGUUCGUGUACCCCUGCCAUGUUUAGGUAGUCAGAGUCGCGCAUAACGUAGGAGGUUCGCGUGCUGCUCGAGCAUCAGUCGCUACACUGAAUUUUGCCUUAUAAUGCUUAAGUGCCCGUCGGGGGUACGUGUUCUAAUUUAUCUACACAUCGCGGCGCCUAGCCCAGUUAGCCCCUGCUUUGGCGAAUGCUAGGCGUAGUCAUCAAGUGUAUCAGAUCAUCCAGCAGCCUGCAAAGUGCAGCGCCACUAGUAUGCAUAGCCCGUGCAGCGCUGGGCUUUGCCGGCAGCCGGAAGCUGGGGACCAAGGGUUAUCAGUCCGCCGCAGAUGCAACACCGCCGACUGUCUCACUUCAAGCACUUCUGGACAGAGGAGUUUCGGUCUCUGUCCUGCCGUUCGAAAUAUCAGCGGCGGAGGCCGUACGGCGCUUCGAGGAGUACCAGCGCGAGUCCUGCAUGUACCUGCACGCGCCCAGCCUCCUGAAUGCCGCCUCCACACACGAUAACAUCGUUCCGGGAGAAGCCCACGCCAACAGGGCUGACCCUGGCCAGCAAAACCCAUCUGGGAAGGCUGGUGGUACCGCUAGCAGCAACAACAACAGCAACAGCGAUGCGAACAGCGGUGGGAGCAGCAGCAGCAGCAGCAGCAGUGGCCCCAGCGGCAGGCCCGACAAUGGCAGCAGCGUGGUUGCAUCCUACCUGCCGUUCUGGUGUUUCGACGCCACCUUUAGCAGCGAGGCCCGGGCCAAGCUGGGGUUCAAGGAUGAGAGCACGCGUGAGGUGGUGUGGAAGGACAUGUCCGACCCGCUGCCCCUCAGUACCCGCGCCCUCGCCUCCCACCAGCAGCUCCCCGCGCUGCAAGUCUACGCAGCCUACUCGCACCUGCGUGACGUGGGCGCAGGCGCGACAGGCGCGGGGCUGCCCGCCCGCGCCCGGCCGCUGAGUGCCGCGGAGGCUGCUGCGGGUGCGGUGGGUGGUGUGGAGCUGGCGGGUGCGGCCAUGCGGCAGGGGCUGGCGUGGCAGCUGGCGGUGCGGGGACUGACGCAGCAGCAGCUGGGCGAGGCGGAGGUGGCGGUGCGGGGAGCCACGCGGGCGACGGACUUGAAGGAUGUGCAUGUGUCGCUGCGGUUCCACAGCCGCUCCUGCCGGCUGGUGUUCCUGCCCGCCUACAUCGCCACCUACACGUGCGGCCACCGCUACAAGCGCGGCACCAGCGGCGUCAUCGUGCCGCAGUGGUUCACGGCGGCAAUCGGGGGCACGCGGGAGGGCCGGGUGGUAGCUCCCCAGCACGUGUCCCCCGCCAAGGCAUCCCUGGGCGGUGGUGGCCUGGUGGGCGGGCUGGGGCUGCUGGCGGGGGGCGGCCUGCCCCUGCCGCUGGGUCUGGGACUGGAGUCGCUGCUGCCGCAGCUGGGGGCGGUGGAGGCGCUCACGAUGGCAGCACUGGCGGCCAGUGGGGCAGGCAUGUGGGCCUCCAGCCGCACCGCCUCCCUGCGAGCACACCACGCCGCGGAGCAAGCACGUGCGGACUACGAGUUCUACAAAAAGUACGACAUCCAUGAAACGUACGGCAGUGCCGCAGCCGCCGCCGCGGCUGCCGCGGGUGCGGACCCCAACAACCCCUCCGCCGGCGGCGGCCCCGCCAGCGGCGCCGCCGGCGGCGCUGGCAGUGUGGUUGAGGAGUAUAUGCUUUGGUUGUGGAGCGAUGCCGACUGGCGGCGGUGGGAGCACGAUGAACCUUGGAACUGGGAUGAGGAGGAGCGGCGCAAGUGGGCUGAGGAGCUCUGGCGCAAGCACGCGCUGCGGCGGCUGCAGCGGCAGCGCCACUCGCAGCGCAUGGCGGCGGAGGCGGCCCGGCGGGCGGCGGAGGAGCAGGCGGAGGCGCGGCGGGAGCGCAUGUACGGCAGCAGCUCCCGCAGCAGCGCGCACCGGCCUCGGGAUCACGGGGUGGGCGGCGGCGAGGAGGAGGAGGAGCUGUUUGCAGGGGGCGGGCGGCAGCAGCGCAGGCGGCGGCGGUCGGACUUCCUGGGAUAUUACCGAGCUCUAGGGCUGCAGGAUGCAGAGGCUGUGUCCACCGAUGACAUCAAGCAGGCCUUCAAGACGCAGGCGCUGUUGCUCCACCCCGACAAACACGUGAGCGCGGACGAGGAGUCACGCCGUACGACGCUGGUGAAAUUCCAGAAGUUGCAAAUUGCGUACGACACGCUCAAGGAUGCCGAGAAGCGGCGAUUGUACGACAGGGGGCAGUUCGUGCCUUGAGUUCGUUCCUUUGGGGCCGCCGUAAGGGAGUGGGGCAUGCGGGAUGUUUAGUAGGUUGUAUAUAUGGCACAUGUGGUGUUUACUUGCCGGUAUA